GCGGACUUUCCGUAGGCAAGAUGGCGGCGCCCACGCUCCGGGCCGGGCGCCUAUGGUUUCUUUCGGCUCGGAGGCCGCCGCCGCCGCCGCCCCGACUCCUGGUUUCGCAGACGCGGCGGCAGCGUCACGACCAGCAGCCAGACGCCCGUCCGACGCCGGCCUCUCCCGUGGCGAAGGGUCUCUUAGCCACCCAGUACCAGCGCGGUCUGUUCCAGGAGGUGUUCCCGCCUCAGCCCGCCGACGAGCAGCUCAUCGAGCUCCUCCAACCCGGCCGCCCUCCCGUGACGGCUUACUGCGGCUUCGACCCCACGGCCGACUCGUUGCACGUCGGGCACCUGCUGGCGGUGCUGGGCUUGCUGCACUUCCAACGGGCCGGCCACGACGUCAUCGCCCUGGUGGGCGGCGCUACGGCGCGGCUGGGCGACCCCAGCGGCCGCACCAAAGCCCGGGAGCCGCUGACGGCGGAGGAGGUGCGGGAGCGCGCGCGGGGCCUCCUCGAGGGGCUCCAGCGGCUCUUCCAGAACCACCGGGAGCUCUUCUGGGCCGAGGAAGGAAACCGCCUGGGCAGCGUCCAUUUCCUGGACAACGCCAGCUGGCUGGAGAGCGAGUCGGUCAUCGGCUUCCUGGCCGGAGUCGGGGGUCACCUCCGGAUGGGCACGUUGCUGAGCCGGCAGAGCUGCAAGGCCCGCUUGAGUAGCCCCGAAGGCAUGGGCUUGGCCGAGUUUCUCUACCCGGCCCUUCAAGCUUACGACUUCCUGCAUUUGUACCGUGGCUACGGCUGCCUCGUUCAGCUGGGCGGAGCCGACCAGUUGGGCAACAUCAUGUCUGGCUACGACCUCGUCUCUAAAGUAACUGACAAAGAUGUCUAUGGAAUAACUGUGCCUCUUAUUACAAGUACUACUGGAGAUAAACUGGGAAAAUCUGCUGGGAAUGCAGUUUGGCUUAACAGAAAUAGGACUUCUCCUUUUGAACUCUAUCAGUUCUUUGUCAGACAGCCAGAUGCCAUUGUUGAAAGGUAUUUGAAGCUUUUUACUUUCCUUUCUGGUAUGGAAAUUGAUCAUAUCAUGCAAGUGCAUGCUAAAGAACCUGAGAAGCGGGGACCUCAGAAGCGGCUUGCUGCUGAAGUAACUAAGCUUGUUCAUGGCAGGAACGGUCUGGAAUCUGCCAAGAGAUGUACAAAGGCCUUUUAUUACAGCAAUGUGGAUGCAUUAGAAAAUAUGUCUGACGAAGAGCUACAGGAGCUCUUUAGAGAAGCACCUUACAUAGAAAUGCUACUUGAACCUGGAACAACAGUACUUGAUUUGUGUCGGAAAACUAAUGCAAUUGCAGAUGGACCAAAGGGAUACCGUGACAUAACAGUUGGUGCGGUUUCUAUAAACCAUAUUACAGAAACUAAUCCUGAAGCUGUACUUAUUCUUGGACAACAUAUUCUCAGUAAUGGUUUAUCACUACUGAAGAUUGGAAAGAAGAACUAUUAUAUUAUAAAAUGGCUUCAGUUGUCACAUGAAGAAUGACAAUAUUAAGGUUUGUAGUAAGUUAUGAAAGUCACCUUCCUUCAAAGAUAUCAGAAAGGCAUAACAUACAGAAGUACACAUCAAGGACAGUGGAGCAGUUGUGUAAAGUGUUUUUUCUCACUGAGUGAGACCUGCUUACCUACAGAAUCAUUUGGAAAAUGGAUGGUGUUUUAUUUCAUCAUUCAGUCAUGAAAUACCCUGUUCCCCCCAAAAUAAGACAUCCCCUGAUAAUAAGCCUAAUCGGGCUUUUGAGCACAUGGCAAUAAGGCCAAGUGCUUAUUUCGGGGUUCAAAAAAAUAUAAGACAGGGUCUUAUUUUCGGGGAAACACGGUAAUGUAAUGGUUUCAGUUAUAAUGGAAUUUAAAUAUAUAAAUCAUUGUGGAAAUAUUCUCUGCAAUAAGGACAUUAAAGUGAAUUUUCAAAGACUUA